AUGGCAUUAGAUUUUAGUUCUAUUUCUGUUGGUAAUGAUCAGUUGCCAACUCGGACUAGCAAAAUUUAUCGUACAAUGGGAAAAAUUUAUUUGAAACAAGUUCAUUAUGAAAAAGCAUUAAAUCUAUUACCAGAAAAUCUUCUUGAUACAGCGUUGAUCUAUAACAGCAUCGGUGCUAUUCAUUAUUUCCGUAAUGAUCAUCAAUCAGCUUUAAAAUAUUUCGAAAAAAGUUUAUAUAUUAAAUCACAAUUGCUUCCGUGGAACGAUAAUGAGAUUGUUAUUGUAUACAAAAGUAUUGUUUCAACUUUACAGGCAGGCAAAAAUAUAAAUGAUGAAAAUUAUCAAAAAGCUUUAGAUAUUCAACAAAAGAUACUAAAAAUUCAAUUAUCUUGCUUUCCAAUUGAUAGUCGUAGUUUAAUAGAAACAUAUUGGAAAACUGGAAAAAUGUAUUAUGAAUUAAAUGAUUUUGAAAUGUCGAUAAAAACUUACGAAUCAGCACGUGCUCUUCUAACAGAUAGUGAACAUAUUAAUUAUUCUGAUCCAGCAAACGUAUACGAUUUAAUUGGAAAAUUUAUCACAUUAUCACAGAAAAUUUUUUAA